ACAGCGCAUUUCCAGGUGUACCACAUUCGAGUACUAUCCACGGCUGCGUUGAUUUACACACCAAAGGAUUCCGACUUGGACGAAUAUAUCUGUUCUGCAUCUCGAUCGCACAGUACUUCGCAGUGUUGUUUUUUUCGCGCUAGGCAGUGAGUGCGCGGCAUUAUGUUUGAUUGCGGCUCGCGACAUUAGACUGUACCGUGUGACAUUUUCGUGAGUAAAAAUACAUCCGAAAUGAAUGCCAAAUUCGCGGCUGGCAUAUCGCAGAUAGACUGUGACACCGAGCCCUUGCUCAACCCUUUCGUGCACCGGCUGGAACUUAACACUACCUAUGAGAAAAUUAAGACAGCUAUCUUGACCCUGGUCCUGGUACCCCUCAGGGUAGGCCUGAUAUGCUUCAUCGUAGUCACCGGUUGGAUGUUGGCAACAGUAGGAUUAAUGGGAGUCAGCGAACAGGAGCUGCACGAGCGACCUCUAGAAGGCUGGAGAAAAUCGCUCAAGUCGAUAGUGGCCCAACUAAUAUUGUGCGUGUACACGGUGGCGGGAGUCAAGUUAAAGAUAGUGGGGAGGCCGUGCUCAAAGGCCGAGGCUCCCAUGGUGGUGCUGGCCCCCCACUCCUCCUUCGUGGACAGCGUGGCCAUGGUGUACAUGGGAGGGCCCUCUAUAGUGGCCAAGGGAGAAACAGCCUCUAUUCCUUUCUUUGGCAAACUAAUAAACUACACACAACCUAUCUAUGUUUGGCGGGAUGACCCAGAAUCCAGACAAAAGUCAGUGAAGGAGAUUAUUAAUAGGGCAACGUCCAGUCUCGACUGGCCACAGAUCCUGAUCUUUCCAGAAGGGACUUGUACGAACAGGUCUUGUCUGAUCAGUUUCAAAAAUGGAGCUUUCUAUCCUGGAGUACCUAUCCAGCCUGUGUGUAUUAGGUAUCCAAACAAACUGGAUACGGUGACAUGGACAUGGGAAGGACCCAGUGCUUUGAAACUUCUUUGGUUGACUUUGACGCAGCCAACAAGUCAUUGUGAAGUUGAGUUUCUACCAGUCUACAGACCGAGCGAAGCUGAAAAACGGGAUCCAAAGCUUUUUGCCAAUAAUGUUAGAGCUGUCAUGGCCAAGGCUCUGGGAAUACCUGUAGUGGACUACACCUACAGCGAUUGCAAAAUGAUGACAAGAGCCAAAGAAAUGAACCUUCCAUUUGCUGGUUCCCUAGUGGAAGUACGAAAAUUAAGAAAAAAAUUAGGAUUGGAAAUGACACAUAUUGAAGACAAACUUCUCGAAUCGAACGGUUUCAUCUGCAGAGAUUGCAGCAGAGUAACGUUUAUAGAGUUUGUCAAUCUGCUAAGGCUGCAAGAUAACGAACAGGUGGCUCUACAGUUGUUCCGCAUCUACGAUAAGCAAAACGUAGGUCUGAUAGACCUUAGGGACUACCUUCUUGGUAUUCUGGCCACGGAGAACAACAAAACUCCUUUGGAGAUUGUAAAAAUAGCUUUAAAGUUGUAUGACGUUAACCACAAUGGAAAAAUUACUGCAGAUAAUUUCUGCAAAGCUCUAUGCCAAACUGUGGGUCUCACUCGCGAGCAAGCCAUGGAGAUUUUCGAUCAAGUCGACAGGCAUCAACUGGGAUUUGUCACUUUCGAAAACUUCAUAAACUACGCCCAGAAAAGAUCUGACUUCCACUACCUCUUCAGUGAUACCCACGACGAGAAGUUUCUACUGAAGAACGGAGACAUCACACCAAACACCAACAAGAAAGUUGACUGAUUUUCACCAAUGGUUGUUCAUAUGUAAAUCUUGGAGUGAACAAAAAAGGAAAUGUCAAUCUCGUUCACAAGUUUCUCCAAUUUAUUACAUGGCUCAACCAUGAUCAAACUAUCUCCAGCAAACUGUUUUCGGUUCUGAGCGUACCCUAGAUUAUAUAUACUUUCCUAGAUAGAUACGAGGGUUGUUUUUUUAAUUUUGCAUAUAGAGGUAGAAAAAAACAACCCCCGAUCAUAUUACCCUCUAACUGUGAUGUCAACAUUAGAAAUGCCCCUAAUAAAAUGUUUCUAUAGUAUGUUUGAGGUUUUCAACUUAAUCAAAAAGAAAAUAAAAAUAAAUAUAUCUAAUACACAAAAAUAGUAUAAUCCAUAUUAACCAAUAUGAAAAAAAUAUACCUACGGGGUGUCCCGAACUGUAUUCCAGAAACUUCGGCAGUAUAUUCUGCAGAUAAAA